AUGGAGAAAACAGACGUCGAAAGAGAUGUCAGGUUUACACAAGAUGACUUGUUGGAGGCCAGAGAGGCGGCAUCCAAGAUGUCGCUUGAAGAGGUGAUCAAAGCGAUGAAGGAUGUGGUCAAGGUCCACGAACAUGACCCUAACUUCCCGCAUAGCCUCCUACUCCGAAUUGACGCAUUUCUAGAAAAUAGUGACGUUCUGGAACACCCGGAAAGACAUGGUGAUCUCAUCAUGGAGAUGAAAACUGAAGCUGCCCUUAUACUGAAUAAUAGCCCUUACGCUUCGGUUCGCUCUGCUGUCGACAAUAAAGACGAUCCUUCAAUUCCUUGUUCAACAAUCCGGGCAUGGACGAUCGGGAUUGCUUUCUCAUUUAUAAUGUCAGCUGUGAACCAGUUCUUCAGUAUCCGGCAGCCCCGUGUAUCCAUUCCAUCUAAUGUUGCCCAGCUAUUAGCCUAUCCAGUUGGCAAGGCCUGGGAAAAGUUCAUUCCUGCCUACGAGAUUUCCCUCCGGGGUCAUAAGAUCAGCAUGAACCCCGGCAAAUUCUCCAAGAAAGAGCAUAUGCUCAUUGCCAUUAUGGCUAGUACUUCCAUGUCUCUGCCAAUCUCCAAUAUGGUUGCUUGGACACAAAUUCUUCCUCAGCAGUUUGACCAGCAAUAUGCCCGCAGUUUUGGGUAUCGAAUCUGCCUUGGGAUUUCCACCAACUUCAUCGGAUACGGGUUGGCCGGAAUGACGAGAGAGUUUCUCGUGUAUCCGGCCUACUGUAUUUGGCCAGCCAGCAUCACCACAAUUUCACUAAACAGCGCCCUGCAUGAGAGAGAAAGCAAGGCUGUUCCGGGACCAUUCGGAAAGAUAUAUUAUAUGUCGAGAUACCACUUCUUCCUCUUGACUUUCGGGGCCAUGUUUGUAUACUUCUGGUUUCCCAACUAUAUAUUCACUACCUUGACAUAUUUCAGCUGGAUGACUUGGAUCGCGCCAACAAACAAACAUAACAGCAUCGUCAACGGUUUCAAAAAUGGCAUGGGAAUGUUCAACCCAUGGCCUACCUUCGAUUGGAACAUUUUGCUUUACGAUGGCCUAGAUCCCCUAAUGGUACCGUUCUUCGUCACAGCCAACAGGACUCUUGGGAUGUGGCUGCUGGGCUUUGUCAUUCUCGCCAUAUACUACACAAACACCUGGAACACCGGAUAUUUAUCCAUCAAUACCAACUUAGUUCACGACCACUUUGCUAAGCCGUACAAUGUAUCCAGGGUUGUUGACGAUAGAGGGAUGUUUGAUUUACAACGCUAUGUUGGGUAUUCCGGCGCAUAUCUCAGCGCCGCCUAUGCUGUUAUCUAUGGGUGUUACUAUGCCAUCUACACUUCUGCGAUUACAUAUGUCAUUCUGUUCCACCGCAACGAAUUUGUGAACAACCUCAGGCCGUUAUGGCUCAAGAUACGCCGGAAGAAGAACGAAGAGGAGACAGGUUAUGGGUACCGAGAUGUUCAUAACCGCCUCAUGAGUGCCUACAAGGAGGUUCCUGCCUGGUGGUACUUUGCUACCUUGCUGAUUUCUGCCGGCUUUGGCUGGGCUGGAAUUGGCGGCUGGCCCACAUACACGACUCUUGGGGUCAUCCCAUUCGGAGUGCUUCUAGCCAUUAUCUUCAUGAUCCCAAUCGGUAUAAUUAACGCCAUGACUGGGGUUCAUGUUACCCUCAAUGUUCUAGCAGAAUUCGUUGGAGGCAUGUGGGUGGAAGGAAAUGCUCUAGCAAUGAAUUUCUUCAAAUCAUAUGGCUUCAUAACCUGUGCACAUGCUAUCACUUUUGCGAAUGACUUGAAACUAGCACAUUACCUCAAGAUCCCUCCACGAACCACAUUCUGGGCCCAGAUGAUCGCCACGCUUAUUUCCACAUUCAUUUGCAACUUGGUCAUGGAAGUCCAGAUGGACAUCAAGAACGUAUGCACACCAAAGGCACCAAUGCGAUUCUUUUGUCCAAACAUCAACAGCUUUUUCUCUGCGUCGGUCCUAUGGGGCACCAUCGGCCCAGCCAAGAUGUUCAGCCACACGGGCCAAUACGCGCUCCUCCUUCUAGGAUUCCCGCUCGGCGCGUUGAGCACGGUGCUCUAUUACUUUCUGGUGCGGAGGUUCCGGCGAAGCAAGUGGCUACGAGCGCUGCAUCCCGUGGCUCUGUGGUACGGCGGUCUCGGCUGGUCGCCAUACAGCUUUUCAUACGCCUGGCCGUCGAUACCUGUGGCAUGGCUGAGCUACAUCUAUGUCAAGAAACAUUUCCCGCAGUUCUGGGCCAAGUACAAUUUCGUCCUGUCCGCCUCCUUGGCGGCUGCUAUCCCGGUCGCGAGCAUCAUCAUGGUCUUCAGCGUCCAGUGGGCAGAGAUUGAGCUGAAGUGGUGGGGCAAUACACAGCCAUCGAUCGGUUGCGAGGGUACGCCGUGUACCUUGAAAACCCUUGGCAAAGGUGAGAGAUUCUAUCCAUGGUGGGAUCCUGCUGUCCAUCCUGCGCCCUAG